GGGAAGAGUUAACACGACUGUGUAAGAAGCGGUUCAUCGUCGACGACGCACCAGCACUCGCCAUCAACCGUCUCUUCACCAUGUCUCUGGGCAACACAGCAACACGUGACUGGCUCACGGAAUGGCAGAAGAUCGUGGCCGUGCCCGAUCUGGACUUACCAUUCACGCAUCUACGUCGUGAGUUCUACAACAGGUCAUGCGCUGCGCUGAGCCAGGCACUUGGUGAUCGCGAGCAGUAUACCACUUUCGCCGAGAUCAUUGACAAGGCGAGAGAGAUCAUCAAGACCAACAGGGCAGCUGCACAUGAGAAGUCAACGUGGCAGCCGACCUAUGUGGAGAAGGUAAAGACUGGUCCGCGACCGCAGCACUUCGCUGCAGUCCAAUCGGACAGUGGAGAAGACCCAGCACCCACUCCAGCAUCACGUGACGGAGAUUGGGUGGCUGCUGUCCAGCUGCGAAGCAAAAACAAGUCCCGAAACAAUGGGAAGGCGAAACCAGCAUCGCAGGCCGGAAAUGGACAGCCAGCACCAUGGGUCAAGUUUAGCUUGACCGAGGUGGAGUACAAGUACCGCGGCCGCUACGGCUGCUGCUACUGGUGCAACAGCACCAAGCACAAGACCUCCCUUUGCCAAUAUCAGGCCAAGAAGGAUGUGCGACCCCCUUCGCCGCCAUCUAUCGUCGGGGAUUCAACGUCAUGGUCAAGACUUGAAGAGCUCGACCCAUUGACGUUCGCGGACUUCCAAUGGAUGCCCGUUCCCUCGACCGGAGGAUUGCCGAAACCACAUUGCAACGUGCUAAUGGCACAAUUGCGGGAUUACUUGCACACUGCAGUACCGACUCCGUUGAUGGACGCCGGAGUAGAGGUUGUCGACCUUCAUGCCUACAUUGCGAAGAUCGACCGCGAGUUCAAGACGCAACGRUAYGACGACAUCGACGCACCAUUGCUAUAUGUACGCAUUCAGAUCGGACAGGCGACCUGCAACGCUUUGAUCGAUUGCGGAGCAUCUCGCAACUACAUCAGCCAGGACUUCAUGGUGCGCGUCGGCCUUGGCCCACGCGUUCGAAGGAAGCCGCAGCCCACGCAAGUCACGUUGGCGGACGGUCACACGCACAAGUCAAUCGACCGGUGCAUUGACUUUGCCCCUCAUGCAAGUGAGGCGGUAUCCUUUGACAUUCUGGACACCAAAUUUGACAUGAUCUUGGGCAUGUCAUGGCUGCGAAGCGAGGAUCACCCGGUGAACUUCUAUAACCGCACCGUUCACAUUCGUGAUCGGAACGGAAUACUAGUCCCAAACACGGUGCCUCUUCCUCAUCCUUCGAUCAGCUGCCACGUGGUAUCCGCCGCAAGCAUGCGAGCUUCCAUCAUCAAAGACGACAUCGAGGAGAUGGGGGUGUGUUUUCUCCACGCCCUCCCGCCCCAUGACGCUUCAUCGACGGACUCAUCUUCGGAUCCACGCAUCACCGAACUUCUCGACGCCUACAGCGACGUGUUCGAAGGCCCGCACGGAGUAGUACCGGAUCGGCCCAUCCGCCACGAGAUCAUCCUCGAGGACGGGUCCACGAUCAGAAACGCCGACCCUCUCCCACGCAUCGACGAUCUUCUCGAGCGACUGGGCGGCGCCAAGUUCUUCUCCAAGCUUGAUCUCAAGUCGGGAUAUCACCAACUCGAGAUUCGCAAGGAGGACUGUUACAAGACCGCGUUUAAGACGCGAUAUGGGCAUUUCGAAUGGCUGGUUAUGCCAUUUGGCCUUACGAAUGCCCCGACCACUUUCCAAGCGGCUAUGACAACGGAGUUCCGACACAUGCUGGAUCGAUACAUACUUAUCUACCUCGACGACAUCCUAGUGUACAGCCGGAGUUUGGAGGAGUAUGUGGAACACCUGCGCACCGAGUUGGAGUACUUGGGACAUUAUGUGACGCCGCAAGGCAUCCGUCCGCUUGUGGACAAGAUCGAGGCCCUACAAGUAUGGCCCGAGCCCACCAACACCACGGACGUUCGUUCAUUCAUGGGAUUGGCGGGCUACUAUCAGCGAUUCAUCACCGGAUACUCGAGGAUUGUUGCACCUAUGACGAGAUUACAGUCGCCAAAGGUGCCAUUCGUAUUGGAUGACGACGCACGCCGGUCAUUCCAAGCACUUAAGACAGCUAUGCUCAUGGCACCCAUCCUUAGCAUCUAUGACCCCACCCUGCCGACGAGAGUGACUACGGACGCUUCCGGCUAUGGCAUUGGGGCAGUCUUGGAACAGCACGACGGCGACGACUGGCACCUUGUGGAGUAUUUCAGCCACAAAGUGCCUCCCAUCAACUCACUUGAUGAUCCAAGGAAGAAGGAGCUGCUCGCAUUCGUGAUGGCUCUCAAGCGUUGGCGGCACUUCCUCCUUGGGCGUCGUAGGUUCACAUGGGUUACGGACAAUAAUCCAUUGACCUACUACAAGACGCAGGAUACGGUGAGCAGCACGAUCGGACGAUGGAUGUACUUCAUUGACCAGUUUGACUUCACACCGAAACAUCUUCCCGGCCUCUCAAAUCGCGCAGCAGAUGCACUCUCGCGAAGACUUGAUCUUUGCGCUAUGACACAUCAUGCCUUCGCAUUCGACGAGGAGCUUCAGCGACACUUCAUUCGGGCAUAUGAGUCUGAUCCGAACUCUUCCACGCUCUAUGCACAGCUAUCUUCGGAUCACCCGCCGGCCAGCAACUAUCGCAUCGCCGACGGGUACUUGCUCCUCCACUCGAGAGGCAAGGACUUAUUGUGUGUCCCACGAGACUGUCGUCUUCGGACUCGCCUUCUCGGGGAGUACCAUGACUCGCGACUCGCCGACCAUUUCGAAGUCAACCGCACGAUUGCACGGCUUCGACAACGAUUCCGAUGGCCUGACCUCAUUACCGAUGUCACUCGGUAUUGCGACUCUUGCGAAGUUUGCCGACGCAGCAAACCCCGCAACCACAAUCCCUAUGGCGAGUUACGCCCGAUGCCCAUCCCACGGGAACCCGGUCUCUCCAUUGCCAUGGACGUCACCGGUCCGUUCCCUCGCGACUGGCUCGGRCACGACGGCAUCCUCACGGUUGUGGACCGAUUAAAAGACAUAGUCAGCGACCGCGACACUCGCUUCAUGUCGGCAUUUUGGACUGCACUCAUGCAGGAGUCCGGCACGAAGAUGAAGCCAAGUUCGGCUCGGCAUCCACAGACAGAAGGGCAGACGGAGCGGACACAUCAAACCGCUCAAAUGAUGCUUCGUACGCUCAUCCGUCCGGACCAGAAAGAUUGGGUUGACCGCCUCCCCGACAUCGAGUUCGCCUACAACACUUCGGUGCACCCGGCGAUCGGCAUGACUCCAUUCGAGUUGCACCACGGUGGACGGAAACGCCGUAUCUUCGCCGACCUUCUCCUCCCUCGACCAGCCGACAUUGACGCCGCUUGCUCUCCCGCUUCCGUCCGGAAGUACAGGGAAUUGUUGACUCAAGCCCGCGCGAACAUGCAAAAGGCUCAAGUCCGCAUGCAGCAGCAAGCCAACAGGCGUCGCGUACCACGUCCCAUCCGCGCCGGUGAUCUGGUUUGGGUCUCCGCGGAAGAGUUUGCACUGGAACAGGAUGUUUCAUACAAACUGCUUCCCAAGUGGUUUGGACCAUGGUCUGUGACAUCAGCCGCGGGCGAUGAGCCUGAUGGCCCUUCAUUUGUGAUUCCCGAGCAUCUGACGGUCCAUCCAGUCUUUCACGCAUCAAAGCUGGCAACAUAUACACCAGCUAAGAGCGACGACUUCCCGGGGCGACGAUCGCAGGACCCUCCAUCUAUGGAUGGUCAUCAGGAGGUUGACCGCGUCAUCUCGGAUCGCAAGUACGGCAGCAAGCUGCGACAAUACAAAGUUACAUUCAGAGCAUGCGAUCCCGACGACACUCCGUGGAUUUCAGGAGCAGAUUUGAAAGCAUCCACACCGCUGAUCUACGCUCACUAUGAGCAUCAAAGGUUAGCCAAGGGACCUCCACGACCCGCCCCUCCCACCCGGACUGUGGUCCCUCCCUCAGACAGACAGCUUCGCCCUCGCAGGUUUUUUGCCCUGAGCUAGGCCUCGCAAUUGAGCCACUUAAAGACAAUCUCACGCUCGAACAAUU